AUGUCAGACGAGGACUCCUUCGACGCCGAAGCUGCAAUGCGCCAGGCCAUGGGCUUUAGCAGUUUCGCCGUACGACGCCCUAAGCAAGAAACAGUCUCCGAUCCAUUCCAAAGCGAUAUCGCUCAAGAAACACAGGCCGCCACAGACCUUCCUCCUGCGGAGCACCAAGGCCCCAGCCUUGUCCAGCGGGCCAGAAACGCAUCCAGGCAAGGAGCCUCAAGAACUGAUUUACCAGGUACAAGUACCGAGCAGAUCGCAUUCACUUCGCCUGAUGGCAAGACAACAUACACUCGAUCCGAAUUGAACGAAUGGGCCCGCGGGAAACCUAAUAACAAUGGUGACCUAGUCUUCUUCAAACCAGGCUUCAUCACCGAAGAUCCUUGGUCCAGGCUCCGAGGCCGGAAUCUAAGCACUCAAUGA